CGGAGGGCCGGGCCGGGCAGGGCGGCAACAGGCCGUCCUGGGCCUGAGAAGCGCUGGCGGUGCCGACCGAGGAAGCCGCCGGAGAUGGCCGCGGAGAAUAAAGACGACUUGAACGAUCAGACCAUCCGUGUAGGCACCCGGAAGAGUCAGGUCACUGAUGAAACACUGGUUUCUCCGUGGCUGUUGUGGUUCACUCGCGUUUCUGCAAUUGGACCUUCCCAGCUGGCUCGCAUCCAGACAGACAGUGUGGUGAAGAUGCUGCAGGCACACCACCCUCACCUCCGCUUUCAGAUCGUUGCUAUGUCAACCACUGGGGACAAGAUCCUGGACACGGCGUUAUCCAAGAUUGGAGAGAAAAGCCUUUUUACCAAGGAGCUGGAAAAUGCACUGGAAAGAAACGAGGUGGACUUGGUGGUUCACUCCCUCAAAGACCUGCCCACCUCCCUGCCGCCCGGCUUCACAAUUGGUGCCAUCUGCAAGAGGGAAAACCCGCACGACGCUGUGGUCUUCCAUCCCAAGCACGCCGGCAAGACCCUCAGCAGCCUCCCUGAGAAUUGUGUCAUUGGAACCAGUUCACUUCGUCGAGCAGCUCAGCUGAAAAGAAAGUUUCCUCGGCUGCAGUUCAAGGAUAUUAGGGGCAACCUGAACACCCGCCUGAAGAAGCUGGAUGAGAAGGAAGAUUUCAGUGCCCUGGUGCUGGCAGCCGCUGGCCUGAGGCGUAUGGGCUGGGGGGCUCGCAUUGGCCAGAUUCUGAGCCCCGUGGACUGCUUGUAUGCUGUCGGGCAGGGUGCUUUAGCUGUUGAGGUGCGGGCCAGAGACCAGGAGAUCCUAGAGACUGUGUCGGUGUUGCAUGAUGGGGAGACGGUGCUGCGCUGCAUUGCUGAGCGAGCCUUCAUGAAGCGCUUGGAAGGAGGCUGCAGUGUGCCAGUGGCUGUGAGCACUCUGCUGAAGGAUGGCCAGCUAUAUCUGACUGGAGCAGUCUACAGCCUUGACGGUUCUGAGAGCUUGCAAGAGACCAUGCAAAGAAAUGUGAAGUUUUCCCUGGAGAAUGAAGAUGGCCCUGAUGACAACCUCCAACAUGUUGGCAUCACAGCCAGGAACGUGCCUCGCCUUGCUCAAGAGGCCGCAGAGAGGCUGGGCCAGGAGCUGGCCGACUUGCUCCUGAGCAAAGGGGCCAAUCACAUCCUCAGCGUGGCGAGGCAGCUCAGCAGUGCCUGAUGGACACCACCUCCCUAGAGAGCCGUGAUGCCGGCCAGUCACCAUUUCCCCCCAAGAGGGAAGGAAGCAAAGGGCUGACCUGUGGCCACGCUGCCAGCAGAAGCACUGGUUUGGUGUGAAGGUGAGCACAGGUUCAGAGCUAGGAUUUCCAAACCUCAACUUUGCAAACCUGCAGAAUGUCCACCCAAAACCAUUUGUUGGCCCAGCAGUGUA